UUCUUUCUUCCUUCUUGGGAUGUCCGCAACCAUCUCUCUCCCUUGUUUCUUCAUUCACCACUUUUAAUUUAACUCUUUUCAAUCCUUUCGACACUCUUUAUAAAUACGCUCCACAGAUUAAGCAUCUUCCUUAACACACACAAACACACUUCUCCUCUCUCUCUCUCUCUUAUUCUUGAUUCUCUCUCUCUCUCUUAUUCUUGAUUAUCAAUGGAAGAAAUGACAGAAUAUCUAAGCAAAUCAACAGCCAAUAACAAUAACAAUAUUAGCCCAUCAUCAAGCGGUUCAUCUUUAAAGAUUUUCGGCUUCAACGUAUCAGAACAAGACAUCAUCGAAGAACCUGAACAUCCCGGAAGUGUUUUUCCGGCGUCCUCCGUCGACGGCCGGAAAUACGAGUGUCAAUACUGCUAUCGUGAAUUCGCUAAUUCACAAGCUCUCGGCGGCCAUCAAAAUGCCCAUAAAAAAGAAAGACAACAACUCAAAAGAGCCCAAUUACAAGCAUCUCGAAACGCAGCCGUUUCCUACAUGCGAAACCCAAUGGUCUCAGCUUUCGCCCCACCUCCUCACCUUCUAGUUCCGACCAUGCCGGCGGCGGCUGCUCCGGCGUGGGUCUAUGUUCCUCGUGCCGGGUCAGGUUCAAUCCCGCCGUUUCAUUUGUCUCACGGCUGCGUUAUACCCCAUGCGGCUUCUGGUGGUAGGGCUGCCGGAGUAACCUCAUACGGCGGCGGAGUUGGGUUCACGGCGGCGUCACAGACGGCGAGGUCGGUGGAGGUAAGUGAAACGACGUCGUUGAGUAGGUUUUCGAGAGGGGGUGAUGGUGGACCUAGCUUUGAUGAUGUUUUCGGCUUGGAUUUGCAUUUAAGCUUGGCGCCAGCCGCGCCGUGAGAUUCCGGGUCGGGUCUUGCAUUUCGGGUUUGAGUGUUUCGGAUUUGUAAGACUGAAAC